AUGGUGCUAGAGACUCCGCGACGCGGGUCGCAGCAGCCGGAGAAGAAACAUCAGGAGAAGAACAAAUACAAGCGAUUCAACGACCCAAGUGCCACUCCUGGUUCAGACGCCAGACGCAAGUACUAUGGCAAAGGAAAAGGAGAAGAGGGUGCUUCUGCGGGGGGUGAUAGUAAAGAGGGCGAGGAGCCUCAGUACAGGGACAGAGCAAAGGAGAGACGGGAGGAGGUGAAUCCGGACUACAAGGACGUUGCUGUGCCCAGCCACCUGGGACAACUGAAUGCCGUCGCCCCUCCUGGUGUUGACCUAACCACCACGGACGCCCACAAGCUAGCAAUCGAGAAGUCCAAGUUCCUGGGAGGAGACGUGGAGCACACGCAUCUGGUGAAGGGGCUGGACUAUGCGCUUCUCAACAAAGUGCGCUCGGAAAUGAAAGGCCGUCCGGGGGAGAGGGGAGGGGAGGGAGAAAAGGAGGAGGGAGAAGAGGAGGACGAGGAGGAGGGUUCUGCUGCUGCUGCUGCGGCUGCUGGGAAGGCCAAGGGCAGGAAAGCGCAAGAAAAAGUGCCCACAUUUCGAUCGGCCCUGGCUCGAUCAGUUUUCGAGCAGAUAGUCCGCCCGGUGCCGCCCAAGCCAAACGAGUUCUUCCUGCCGGGCCGCACGUCGUUUGUCUUUGACAUGGACGACGAGUUUCGGAAUGAGAUCCCCACCACUGUCCACCGCAGCAAGGCCGACUGCCCUGCUCCCCAGGACCUGGUAUCCGCGGCACAGGAUGCCCCAGUGCUGGAUAGAGUGACCCACGUCAUCUCGUACCUACGACUGGGAUCAAGCGCAAAGGCACACAAGAAGAAGAAAAAAGACAAGGAUAGCAACAGGGUCCUGGUUCCUGGUAUUCUUCCUCCCAAGCCCUCUCAGCCGUCAGCCGACCUCCCAUCCUCCCAACCUGCCGCACGAACUGAAGCUGCUGCUGAAAAUUGUGGCGCUGCUGCUGGUAAUGCUGACCUUUGUUUCCAUUUGUUUCUCCACCUUCGCCCCCCUCGUGCUGCUCUGCCCCCGCCUCCCCCACUGCUCCCGCCUGCUGCUGCUGACGAUGCGGAUAUGGAGAUGGAUGCCGAUGAUGGUGCCAUGCCUCCUCCUCCUCCCCCGCCUCUCCCACAUGACAUGGUGGCCCCGGCCUACCCACCAGCAGACGGCUCACGGGAAGACUACCCCACCAACUCCGGCUCCACCCCCCCGUGCAUUGAGGUGUAUUUUGAGGCGCCUCAAAAAACUAUCCCACCAACUCCGGCUCCACCUCCCCUUCUCUGUGCCCCCCACUCUCACACUCACUUGCCCCCCUCCUUCCUUUCGUCUCUCUUCUGUCCCUUCUUGCAGAGAUUCACUCCAGAGGAAGAGGAGGCGAGGAGGCGGGAGGGGAGGGGAAGAGUGGGAGAGGGGAGGGAGAAAGGGAGGGAUCCGAAUGCCCUGGGGGGAGGGGGGUAUGACGAGUGCUAUCAGCGGGGGGAUGGGGGGAACUUUGCAGGAGAGGUUGUGGAGAGUGACGAAGAGGAGGGUGAUGAGCUCGCUCGGAAAGUGGAAGAAGCUAGGCAGUUGGCUCAGGUGCAGGACAUGUUUCAUGGGGAUGAGGAUGAUGAGGAUGGUGCUGGUGUUGCUGGUGCAUCAAAGGACAAGGAAAGGAACUGCAUCCUUCUCACUUCCCGUCCCACCUUCUCACCCCUCCCCCACCCCCUCCCACUUUACCAGUUGGCUCAGUUGGCUCAAGUACAGGACAUGUUUCACGGGGACGAGGACGAUGAUGACGAUGAGGAUGGUGCUGGUGCAUCCAAGGACAAGGAACGGGACAGAGAGGCAGCAGAGAAGGGCACAGGCGGGGGCAGGAGGUCGAAGCAGGGGCAGGAGGGCGAGGGGAGGAAGGGGCGGAAGAAGGAGAAGGAUCGGCAGCAGAAGCUGAACAAUGAGCUGAAUCAGAUCAACAAGAUUAUUGAGAGGAAGAAAAGGGAAGCGGCUGGAGAGGUGGUGGAGGAGGAGGAGUAUGGGGAUGAGGAUGGAGGAGGGCCGUAUAAGAAGAGUAUGGUGAUGGGAGUAUGGGGAUGGGAGUAUGGGGAUGGGAGUAUGGGGAUGGGAGUAUGGGGAUGGGAGUAUGGGGAUGGGAGUAUGGGGAUGGGAGUAUGGGGAUGGGAGUAUGGGGAUGGGAGUAUGGGAUGGGAGUAUGGGGAUGGGAGUAUGGGGAUGGGAGUAUGGGGAUGGGAGUAUGGGGAUGGGAGUAUGUGGAUGGGAGUAUGGGGAUGGGAGUAUGGGGAUGGGAGUAUGGGGAUGGGAGUAUGGCGAUGGGAGUAUGGGGAUGGGAGUAUGGGGAUGGGAGUAUGGGGAUGA